CUCCCCGCCUCACCUUCCGUCCGUUCGCUUGUCCUCCAGGAAGUUCCUUUCCAUUUCGUUCAUUCGGCAUCGACUUGCAUCCCUUAACUUAGUGCAAUGGCCCGAUCUGCAUUCUGGAUGUUGAUCGCUCUUGCUGUUCAGGUUCUCAUGGCAUUUGCGGCUCCUACUGCCUCACCGAUCUCCUUCUUGGUUCCCACAUCGAACGGUGGCUCUCUUCUGGACGAUGCGGGUAGUGGAGUGGGGGAACCGUUGAACGUCAUAAUCUCUGGCGCGAGCUCACCGGACGUUCUCACGGACGACGGGUUCACGAACUUUGCUCGAGCUGCGGGGAUGUCGACAGAAUGCUUGGGAUUUCACCUCGGUGAUCCUCAGAGCGCAAACCUUGGCGAUGGCAACGGCGCGGUGAAUCAAACCGUCGAGCUGCGUGAGGAUUAUGGCGACUCCGAGGUCGGGACAUGUCUCGAGACGCUCAUCGGAGGAAAUCACUUGAGGAUGUUCCGUCAGAAUGGUACCGAGGCCAAUACCGGUGCUCUUUUCCUUGCUGUGUCGAAAGAGGAGCCUGUCACGGAGAGUCAUACCAUUAUACCCGACGGCUAUGACAUCGGGAGGGACCUCUUCGUUACAGCAGCUUCCGGAACCACCUCUUUCGAUGGUGUCACAUAUUCCACCGUUGCUCAGAAUAUCACAGGAUUGAUUGCUCCUGGUAGCACUAGCAUUAACCACGAUAUCGCAAUAGAUGGAAUCGUCACGCUCUUGACGGUGACCAUCGUUUGAGCUCGUUUCCCUCUUCAGGACUGGCACACACACACUCCUUCGCUCACUCGCUUUUCCGGGAUACAGCAACUCUUGGAUGAUGUUCUCCACUGGGACUUUGGAUGCAUUGAUUUAUUGAUCUAUUAACGAAACCUCACGUCGUACCUGUAUCCCCAUUCAUGACCUAACGACCUUUGACGAUUUUUACGAAGUUGAAGGACAAACAUCGAUGAUAUGUUUGGGUGAAGUUGAGACUGUAAAUGUC